GAACCUGGAAUUAUUUACUGCCCGAUUCCCUUCAUUAACAUCAAUUGACAGCAGAUACACUCCUCAGUCAUUGAAAUCAGUUAACUUCAGAUUUCCUUUUAAAGUAAAGGAGAAACGGACGUGUGUAAAAGAAAGUCUGGAAAGGCGUUGUAGUACUAAAUUAACACCAGAGUUCAUUGACAUGAUGACACUUGAAAGCGAGUUUCCUCGAUUUCCACAAAACAAUUAUAGGAAACAUAACCCUAAUGAAUUUCGCUUUGAGGAUAACCAUGCACGUUUGAUUUUACAUCAUUUCAAGUAUUUUUAAACUACCAGCCUUUCAAGGGACUACGAAAUAUACGCUAUAACAAAUUCCGUUUAAAGCAGAAGGAAAUGAAAAAUAUUGAAUCCAUAACUAUUAACGAUAUCUAUGUCAAUUACCCUGAUAAUGUGAAAACCUUUUUCUUAGACAAAAUAAGCUCUUUAUUUCAUGACACAAGCGGAAAGAAAAUCUCGGGGUUGUUUAUUUUUUUUACUGAAGAAUAUGCGCAUAACUAUGAAAAAUUAGUGCUACUGAAACUCAUAGAGAAAUGGCUAAAUGAUUAUGGUAAACAGCAAAAACUUUUUAAAUUAAUGGCGCAUGAUGGUAGUCCCAACAAAGCUGUCAGCUUCAGAUUGGUUUUGGAGAUAAAGAUGUUUGGAGGCGAAAAGCUAGUAAAAAAAAGAAUUAUAGAAUCCAAAAAAUCUACAGAUCCCAAAAUAUUACCAUUAAAUUCAGAAGCUGGAUUUUUUAAGCCUAUUUAUUUUAUUAAUAUUGACUUGUUGCCUACAACUGUGAACUUGCAGAUUACCCACGCAGGAGAUACCGGCCAUAUAAAGAGCACAACAGAAAAUUAUCAAUGUGAUAUACAGCCAUUGACAAACUUUAUUUCGCAACCCAACUUGUACGAUAGAUCAGCACUCUGCAUAACUUAUAGGAUGAAAUUAUUUAUACAGAAUACUUUUCGUAAAUAUCUCAAAUUGUGGUCACAUCCUGAUAAAAGAACAAAGGUUAUAAAUACAUUUGUGUAUCCUGAAUCCAAAAUAGUUGAGAAGCUUUUGUGCAAGGUUGAUAUGGAUACGAUGUUUUCGAAAAAAAUUGCGCUAUCUGCUGCCAACGGUGAUAAUUCCGUAAUUGUUUGCCAUCCCGGAUACUUCUUUUUCUUUAUCAUAACGUACCUGUAUUAUCUCAACAAGUUGAUAGAAGACAAAAUGGACAGUGCUUUCGGAAACGAUUGGAGAGACAAGAAUACCGCAUUUGCUUUUUCAGUUGAAAAAAAGUUAUUGGAUGAUAUAUUUGGCUCAAAGGAAACCCUAAAUGAAAUGCUAUUUGCAAGUGGGAUACUACAUAAUAAUAAUGGUUUUCGAAAAGCUGAAAUAUGUACUUACGGCGAAGAAAUUUUACCUGCCAUUCAACAGAAACUGAAAGACGCUGAUUUCAAGAUGAAAUUAUACUUUAUUGUUGCACAGUUACAUCAAAAGCAUAUUCAACUCACUUUACAUCAAGUUGUUAAACUAUCAACACCUGCCGAGGAUGCUGCCACCAUCAUUAUCCAGGAUGAAAUACUACACAUAGAGGAUGUAUAUGACACCUUAUGCAAAAACAUUUGGGCGGCCUUAUUAUCUAGCAACCGUAUUGAUUACUGUCUAAAGCACAUGAAUAAGGGUGAUGAUCCUCACAGCUUAAAUUCUUCAGAAGGUUACAAGGCUAUUUACCAGAGGUUAAAAUUUUAUUUGAUGGAAGUUUUGAGCUUGAGCCAUGUAGGUAUUGACAUGGAUUAUACUUACCAUUUAAAAAUCACGGAAGAAUGCUCUUGUACAAUUGUUCUUUUUCUUCGCGACAUCAUUGAAAAGGGUAUUAAACCAAUUAUUCAAAAUACGGCAACAACCAUAGCGGCUUCGAUGACGAACUCGACACUAUUCGGUCAUUACGAUAUAGGAUUUUUGUUUUUGUUAGGAGAUCCAUUUAAGCUUUUGACAUCCUCACCACUGUAUAUCAUGUAUACUGCAAUAACUCAGAAAGCGAUUAAUAUUGCUAUCGAGUCCAAGGCAAAAGAUUUACAGGGAGUUGUCUUUCAAGAAUCAAUUUACCAAUUAUUGAAACAAGCAACAAGUGAAAAACCAUACUUAUAUGACAGAUUUAUUAAAGGAGUUUUAAGCCAAAUAUCUACAGAAACCUACGGGGUACGGUUUGGAGUCUGGGGAAAUACCAAGCAUUAUUCAUUUCUCUGUAUGGAUUGCAGCAAGGACGGUAAAAAUACUGUUGUUAGGGAUGGUAACUUCUUGAUAAUUCUUCAAAAAGGAAAACCGAUUCCGAUCGCAGGAGUAUCGAUAAAACUUAAGUUCCACAUGGAAGAUAAAUCUGAAGAAGAUGACAUUUUUAGUAACUUUUAUAAACACAACCCUGGAAAGGGCGUAGUCGCAGAAUUUAUCAAAGUACAGCAUUCGGAUAAUGCAGUACCAGGUAGAUAUACACUCUUGGAAGCAAAUUCGGACGGUCCCAAAUGUGAAAUUCAUAUCGAUGAUAAUAGAAGUCAUAAUCAGCCAGUCAUUAUAGAUUUCAAACACCUUAAUUACGACUAUACUUUACAGUUAUCAGCGAGACUAAUGGGAUUUUAUACCGAUCUUCAACGCUGGAAUUUUAAGGAGUACAGAAUUAUUGGACAACCGUUGACACUCGCUUAUAUUCAGAGUGAUACCCAAGUGGAUUCUGCUAAACAUCGGAUAAAAAAAAGAGAAAAAAUUCGUAACGCAGCCAAUUGUACAAAUCAAUGAUACAAUAAAUUAUAAAAAUGUAAAACUUAUGUUUAAUGUAAUCAUCACUCGCAUUGUCUACCUCGUGGUAAUUAUUGACAUCCUUCAAACUAAUCUUUGCGCAAGUUGAAAUCUCAUUUUCUCCCAUCCGAUCUUUGUUACAACUCUCAAGUUUGGGUUUAUUGUUCACUUCAUUGUUAAUAUCUCGCCCAAAGUGCCUGAUGGGG